UAAUGUAGUACUUGAUGAUGAGGCAUAACAUUUUCCUUUUAAAGUAGAUUAGUAUACUAUGGGCAUGCUUCGGUUUCGUUUUACCUUUGCAAUAACAACGCGUUACCAUUUGAGUAAAAAAAAAAAUUAUGAAAGAAACGGGGAUUACUCUUUUGUGAUAGGUCAGAAAUAAACACGUGAUUUCAAGUGACGCGCGCAAACCAUAAAAUAGCUGCGCAUUAAGAUCGACAAUAAAUUCGCCAGGCCGCGAUGGAAUGACAACAUGUACUAUCCAGUUGUAUACAAUUUGUUUAAAUUUAAAAGAAAAUGAGGGAUAAAGAAAAAUACUAAAAGCUUUAUAAAACAGUGAAAUUAUUUAGCAUGGCUGAGAGCAUCAAGACAAAACAUGAGAAUUGGCUGAGAGUGGUCUGGGGACUCCUGUACGUGAGAAAUGGACUUCAGGGAUACGUGGAUACAAAAGGCAAACAACAGUACCAAACGUUCAUGAAAAAUGUCAAUGCAAAUUGUAAUAGCCAAACGUGUGACCAAUGUCAAGUUAAUUGCGGAUGUCAAAAAGGCAUCCAAAUACCAAUUUCCCAAUUCAACAAAGGUCAUUUCUGUGACGAAAUGAAGAAAGAGAUACAAAAUAAUCAUGCAAAAAAACCAUUCUGGAAUAAUACAGAUUCUACGAAAUGGCAGGAUCCCAAUAAAGGUUACUGGGAGGUUGCCAAGUGUUUUCUCAGUACAGACGGUUAUUUUGAUACAACGGGGCCAAUAGAGGUGGACGCUUCGGGACUUUUAAGCAUCUGUAUAAACAGCUCGAUUGUCAAUCAACAAAUAACAGAUAUUCAGGCUUUUAUAGAUGUGCGAAACAUAAGAAACAAAACCCUGCAUGACGCCCGAUAUGAGAUGGACGGAAAGAAAGCAGACGAUUGCCUGGAAAAGAUGAUAACCGUACUGGAGGACCAAAAUGAACUCAAACAUGAUACCGAUGCUCAGAAAGCCGCUAAUCAUAUAAGAAAGAUCAAAGACAAAACAGAAAAGACACCGGCUAAUAUGAUUGAAGACUUACACAAAUGCCUGCAGACAAACUUCGACGUUGAUAAGGCUAUCAAAGAGAUCGAGUGUUCGAUGUAUGGCAGGCUACGCAAGGAACUGAAAGAAUAUGUAGAUGACGUGGUCGAAGGAAAGGUCAAAAUUGUAUUCGAACAGGAGAUGCGAAAGUUGAAAGAUCUACAUGAAAGAGGUACAGACGAAAGUGAAGACAAUGUUGAAGAUUUACGACAGCGGCUGGCCAAAUACUAUCAUGAGAGACUCAACCACGCGCUCAUAUCGCCUAUGUUUUUAGAAGAGAAAUUGGACAAGUUUUACGUCCCUCCAAAGAUCUUUGAGAAGAACGCCAGAAAUAUUGGUGUAGCUGAAAAAAGAAAGGGAACUCCUGUGACAUCUUAUAGACACUUGAUCUGUAAAACUGGUAAAUUUGGAGAUCUAGUGUUUAUCGUCGGUGAGGCCGGGAUGGGAAAGUCAUCCUGUGCCGCAAUGUGUGCACUGAAAUGGGCCAAUCAGGUCUUAUCAACGAAUACGAGUAAUGAACCGGAAGAGUAUGCUUCACAUCGAAGGUCACUUGAGUCUACGGAGCUGGAAAAGCUGAUUCAAUCCAACAGCGAUCUUGAACAUAUGUUCCUUACUAACGCAAAGCUGGAUGACCAGUUUCAGGAUGAUACUUUCUUUCAGAAAGUUGAGUUUUUAUUUCACCUCAUUCUAAGAGAUAGCUGUCACCUCUGCGACUUAACAGACAUGAUACAAGAUCAGCUUAUACAGAGCAUUUACCCACUCGAUAAAACGAUCGCUGCAGUUUCCACUUUGCAUAGUGUCCUGUCCAACAAAAAGUGCGUGAUCAUAGUAGACGGCCUGGAUGAAUGGACUCAUCCCAAUGACACGAAUUGUAGAUGUUUAGGAGACAAAGAAAUCCCUCAUUUAGCGCCGAACAUAGAUGCAACUGUGUUGAUAACAUCACGACCAUGGAAAAUGUCACAACAACGCGUUAAGGACUCGAACAUAAACACAUAUCUGGAGAUAGAGGGAACAGCAGAUAAGAGGUUACUGAUUCAAAAAACGAUUAACGCUCUUAAUAGAACAUUAAUAGAAAAGAAAACAUUGCUGGAUUUCGUCAAGUUUGUUCAUAGAAUGACACUCACACGUCUUUUAUCGGUACCUAUUAUAUCAAUAUUGCUGGUAUGUCUGUGGUUUGAGGGAAUACAGUCCUUUUCUAUAUGCAAUAUAUACGCAUACACUAUUGAAAUGAUGUUUCGAGAAAAAUAUUACCUUGUGCCUAUUUCGCAGAACAAUAUUCCUUUCUUACGCUGUUUCGAGCAAACAAAAUUGGUACAAAGGUACUACAGCAUUGUAAUGGAGAUUGCAGAACUUGCUUUUACGACUUUAUUUUCGAGCGACCAAACAUCAUCCAUGGUGUUUAAGAAAGUUGACAAUUUGAAGCACGAUACUCUCCUGUUUGUGCUGAAGUCGGGAAUCUUGCAAGAAUCAAAAUCAGCGUCUUUGAUUAGAAAGUCAUCGAGCUACUCGUUCGUCCAUAAAACUGUUCAGGAAUUUUUCGCUGCAAUAUACAUAUCCUACCACCCAAAAGAGUUGAAAAGAGUAGUUCAACCUUUUUAUGAGAAGAAGGAUGAUAUGUCGGAUAUUUCACAGGUGUUCAUUUUCAUGUGCGGUCUGAACAUUGAGUUAGCAAAUAAGAUGUCUGUCAUGAUAACGAAACACAUAUCCAAUAGUAAAAUACAUUACUGGUCUUCUUCCAUCCAGGAAACCAUUGUGUCGGGUUAUAAGGAGGCUAAAGCUAGUAAACAAUUAGAUAUUCAGUUGUCUCUCACCAGCUUUAAUUUAAGUUCUGCAGAAACCGAAAUAGUAAAUAACUUGCUAUUAAUGAACAAGUCCAAGAUUCUAAGUAUCAGGGUCUCGUCCGAUAUAAGCCAGGCGAAAUUCCAGGAGGUGAUCAAUGGCUCCAAGGACACUCUGACCUAUGUUUGGAUAUAUGACGUGGCUGGACAAUAUAACCUUUCCGAGUGCAAUAAUCUCCAAGACUUAUCGAUAUUUGGAUCUAAAACAACGGAAAUUGCGGUCAAUACAAACUUUUUAGAGUCACUGCAUUUAAGUUAUGUUUCGAAAGCUGUUGAAUGCAGUAUUUUGAAGUCAUUAACGUAUCGAUCAGUGAAUUUGAAAUAUUUGAAAAUGGAAACUAUUACCAACGUAAGUCUAUUCUGUCAGACUCUUCCUCUGCUGACUAAUUUAGAAAAAUUGAGCCUAGGAUGCAUUUGCAACACGCAUUUGUCACUACUGACCCAUUCGAGUCUAUUCGAAAUAGAUGGCAUCAAGAGCAUUGAAGGCUUGGGCGUUUCAAGUAUAGACCUUGGUGAUCACGUUCUUCUCCUACCAGCCUCCCUCCGAAUUGCUGUACUACAAGGGGUGACAAUGACAGGCCGUUCCUUGAGGAGGCUUGUGGAAAACAGCCCUUCUUUUUUGAAGUUUUUACUACUGAAUUGUAAUGUGGACCCGAACGUAGAGUAUGAAGCGAUUAAACGUUAAUUGCAGACCAGCGUUUAUUUCAGGGAGCAGGGCAGCUUAACAAGUAUAGGAGAAAGAAGUAACAGGGAUAUCAGUUAGCACUUUCUAGUGUGAUUGUAUUUGAUAUGGUUCUGUCUGAAUUAUAAACAACCAGAAAUAAUAAAUUGACUGCAGUUUAACGCCUAUGCUACCGUUUGUUUUCUAACACAAAAAAACUGACCAUAUAAACCAUUACUUAAUACCUUUAACCGAAACGUUAUAAAACUUAGUAUGUGAAUGCUUUAAUAUAUACAGAUUUAAGCAUCAUCUGUUAAAAGUGUAACUUGGCUUGCUCGUGCUGUGACUAUGACCUACAAUAGGAAUCUUGGUUGUACAAAUGUUGACCAUUUGCACAGGAUAUAUUUUAUUGUAUGAAUUUUACCAUUACAUUGAUAAAGGAGUGUGUUUUAACAUUAGUUUUGUUUACCUUUCAAUGCCUAGUACGUUCAUACAUUUUGACUGAAAUGUUUGAACAAAUUAAGAUUAUCGAAAUUCAGUUAUAUUUGGAAAAUCAAUACUUUGUUAUUAACAGGCUUCAAAUGUAACUCGCUGUGAGUUAACUGUCCGGAAGACGUUUAAGGCAAUGAUUGGUCAUUUCAACAGACUGCAUGACAAAUACAUGGAUAUUGCCUUUUCUGUUUUAGCUCCAUUGUUUAUAAUUAUAAUUUGAAUCUCUUUAAAAUCGUUGUAUAAUAAAUAAGUUUGAAAUCAUGAAAGCGUGCAUAAGUCAAUGUCUCAGCAACUACUUGAUGUAAUGCAUAGACACUUCUUUCCAACCACCCUAACGUCUUAAGUGAUAUACAUGCUAUUAGAUAACUAUUUUAUGUAUAUAUUAUGAAAUUAUAACCCCUUAUGUUUCUACUUAGAAAUUAUUGUUAACGUUUUGUAUGUUAACUUUCGUUAGUCAUAUAUCAGCAAUUACUUAACGUAUUGCAUUUAAACUUUGCACAAUACCUGCCAAUCAUUCAAAGAACUUUAGUUAUAAUUAUCUGGCAGUUAAUGUCAAUUAUGGACCUUUUUCGACAGAGGAUUUCCAGCUCUUGUUAUUACCAUUGCAUAAUAAACACCUACCUAGCAUGAUAAACAAGCAACCAAUGUAUGUUAUUGAGAAAUGUCUGUACAUUUUAUGUGGUAUAAGGACGGGAAAUUGGAAUUUACUAGGACUGCAUUCGUUGAAGCUAAUAAGAAAGAUAAAUAAUGUAAUUAUUUGAAUGUUUUUUUAUUAUAUAUAGAAUCUAUAUAUAUUUAGCAACGUCACUU